GCUCGGCGAAGGUUCCGGAGCUGUCGCGCGCCCCCCGCCCCUCCCCGCCCCCGCUCCGCCCGCUCCGCCGCUGUCAGUCGCCGCCGGGCUCCGGUGCGGACACCGCUGUGAGCGGCAGGUAACUUUGCUGAGAGACAGCAGAGCAGCCUCAGGACCUCACCAUGAUGGAGGAUCAUGCAGCCAACCAGGAGAAGCACAUCCCAUCAGGCUAUCCCCUUCAGAUUCCAACUGAUGAUGGAUCGGAUGAGCCUGUUUCUGAAACAUCUGAUGCUAAGAGCACCCCAACUACAGAAGAUGCCACAGCACCUUUAGUGGAGGAAGGAGACCACGAGGAUCAGGGUGGUGUGGAACAACACGGGGAGAUCCCAGAAGGAACCACAGCUGAAGAGGCAGGCAUAGGAGCCACCCCCAACCUGGAGGACCACGCUGCAGGAGGUGCUGCUCAAGGGGAGCCAAGCUCUCCAAAACCUGUGGGAGAUCCAAUAAAAGGAACAAUCCAGCCCACAAAGCAGGUAGCUGGGGUUCUUCUCUCACCUGAAAUGAAGGUUGCACCAGCAGCUCCCACCAGAAUCCAGGUCACCAUCCCAAUCCCCUUGGAUAUGUACCAAGACUCCAGAGCAUCUGAAGAGAGCCAUGAGCUGUGGGAUCAUGGAGGCAGAGAAGGCUUUGGUGUGGAUCCAGAGCUGGGGCAUGGUGUGCACCCACAGGGAGGAGCAGGAGGCACAGAAGAUUCCUGGAAUCAGGAUGAACCAUCCCCUUUAUCCACCAGAGCUCCUUUAACAGCAGCUGCCAGUGGACAGGAAAGAGAUGAGGACCAUGGAACUGCUGUGGGACAGAAUGUUUCCCCAGGAGGUGGACCAGGCUUGUGUCCAGCAACAGCCAAGGAAGCUCUGGCAGGCAAUGCCUUUGAAAAGGAGUCUAAAAAUGCUGGAGACACAGCAGGAGAGGCACAUCCUGUUGAAACUGAAUCCCAUAAAACUGGAGAAGAGCAAGAGGAGAGGAGACAGCCCCCAAAGGAGCCAGAAGCCACAGAUGUCACCCCAUUGGGGCUUUCUGAAGUCAUCCCCCAAGAAGCAGUGGAGCUCGGGCAGGGAGAAGAUUCUGAACCCUUGCUAGAAAGAGCCCAACUCCCCCAGGAGUUAAAAGAUGAGGUGGAAGGCAAAGUUUUUCCUCUGGAAGAGGCUGCACCAGAGCUGGGGGAACGCCGGACACCCAGGAAGCAGCCUGGUGGCCAUGACAAAGCCAUCAGUCGUGUCCCCCUCCUUAAAGGUCGGAUGGACAGCAAAGACAAGGAAGGGACUGAAGCUGAUGAAAAGAAACCCAAGAAAUCCUCACCUUCCACUGCCAAACCCCCAGGCAUCGAUAGACCCUCCAUCCCCCCCCAACGACACUCCUCCUCUAGCACAGCACCCUCCAGCCCUGCUUCCACCUCUAAACGAGUUUCUUCUGGCACACCCCGACCUGCCAGUACAGGAACCCAAGAAAAAAAAGCCAAGGGCCAGGAGAUGAGAGGGGGGACGAAGGCAGCCACGGCGCGGGCUGCGGGCGGGCAGAGGAAUUCCACCAAUGCCACACGUAUCCCAGCAAAGACCCCCACAGCCCCCAAAACACCUCCCAGCUCUGGCAGAAAGGAGCAGAAAAAACCCCCUCCUGCAGCAGCAAAGUCGGAGAAAGGUGAGCAGCCCAAGUCUGGUGGUGACAGAAGUGGUUACAGCAGUCCUGGCUCCCCUGGGACCCCGGGCAGCCGUUCCCGCACUCCUUCUCUGCCCACCCCACCAGCCAGGGAGCCCAAGAAGGUUGCAGUGGUUCGUACACCACCCAAAUCUCCUGCCUCUGCCAAGACCAGGAUCCAACCCUCUGCUGCACCCAUGCCUGACCUGAAAAAUGUCAAGUCGAAAAUUGGCUCCACUGAAAACCUGAAACACCAGCCCGGAGGUGGAAAGGUGCAGAUAAUUAAUAAGAAGCUGGACUUUAGCAGCGUUCAAUCCAGGUGUGGCUCAAAGGAUAAUAUCAAACACAUCCCAGGAGGAGGCAGUGUGCAGAUAAUUAAUCAGAAGCUGGACUUUAGCAACGUUCAAUCCAGGUGUGGCUCAAAGGAUAAUAUCAAACACAUCCCAGGAGGAGGCAGUGUUCAAAUUGUUUACAAGCCAGUUGACCUGAGCCAUGUGACAUCCAAAUGUGGUUCCCUGGGCAACAUCCAUCACAAACCAGGUGGUGGUCAGGUGGAGGUGAAAUCUGAGAAACUGGACUUCAAAGAUAAGGUGCAGUCAAAAAUUGGGUCCUUAGAUAACAUCAGCCACGUCCCUGGAGGAGGAAAUAAAAAGAGAGAGAAAGGCAAGGAAGACAAGAACUGUCCCCAGGCUGCUCAGACCUCAAACCCAGACCCUGCUGGGCUCCAGUCCCUGGUUCUGGAGCCACCCACCCCCCCGGAGAGCCAGCUCCCAGCCUUGCACUUGGCUGGGGAGGGCACCAAUUGAGACCCACAAGCUGACUUUCCGUGAGAACGCCAAAGCCAAGACCGACCACGGCGCCGAAAUCGUCUACAAAUCCCCCACCAUCUCCGGAGACGCCUCCCCACGCCGCCUUAGCAACGUCUCCUCCUCUGGCAGCAUCAACAUGGUGGACUCCCCCCAGCUGGCCACGCUAGCCGACGAGGUGUCUGCUUCUCUGGCCAAGCAGGGCUUGUGAUGGGGGC